AAAUAGGAAAGUAAAUUCUAUCCAUACUAGUCCACCAGAGUUAAGUAGAAAAAUCAAUUUUAUAAAGUUCUCUCUCUCCUCUCCCCCAAAUUACUCUUCUUACCUGUCUUUUUUUCCAUUUCUGUCAAAUAAAAGUCACUGUAAUUUAUUUGUGUGUUAUUGCCUGAAACAUUCCAAGUAGUUUCUCGAGAAAAAUACGAGUUUUAGACAGUGAGAUCUGGAACCCACUUGUAAUUUUGAAAUGUACGCAGACAGUUGGGUUUUGCGGUGUUACUCGUGGGUGAUAUGUAAAACCCACUUAUUUGAAAGUGAAAUUUAGAAGAAAUUUCUUGCAUUUGGUGUAGUUUGUAGCUAAAUUUGCAGUAUUUUGUAAUUUGUUGUAAGAAAGUUUGUAUCUUUGUCUCUAUCUCUCUGAAGGAGAUAUAUUAGUGCUAGGAUUUUCACUUCUCUUGACUGUAAUAAAUAAAGGUUGAAGGGUUUUUUUUUUUUUUUCUUCUUUUGGAAUUAAAUUUGAUUAGUGGGGUUUUACUUUGUAAAUGGAUUAUAAUCGAGAAAACGGGUUUUCGAGUGGAAAUGUGGUGCAAAUUCUCACCGGAAACUCCGUAAACAAUGUCGAUGAGAAUUGGGGUUCGGCUUCUAAUGAUCAGGCAGUUUGGGCCACCGAAGACGAUUAUGGAAUGUGGAAUAAUGAAAUUUCGAUGGACCUCGAUUCGAAUAAUUACGAAAUUAGGGUUUCGCAAUCCCGAUCGGGGAGCGAGCCCCCGAAUAAAAGAUCAAGAAACUCCCAAUCGGGGGAUUUAGUAGCUUCCAAUAAUAGGUCGAAAGCAAUUGGGAAGAUGUUCUACAAGACUAAGCUGUGCUGCAAAUUCCGAGCGGGCACUUGCCCUUACAUCACAAAUUGCAAUUUCGCACAUAGCUUGGAGGAGCUUCGGAAACCGCCACCUAACUGGCAAGAAAUAGUGGCGGCACACGAUGAAGAAAAGGGGGUUUCGUCUGAGCCGAGAGAGGAAUUUCAGAUUCCGAUUUUGGGUGUUACUGAAGAUGCACAAAGGUCUUAUAAAGGGCGUCACUGCAAAAAGUUUUACACCGAGGAAGGGUGUCCGUAUGGUGAGAGUUGCACUUUUCUGCACGAUGAGCAGUCGAAAGCCCGUGAGAGUGUCGCGAUUAGUUUGGGCCCUGGCAGUGGCGGCGGCGGUGGUGGUGGCGGGGUUGGUGGCGGUGGUGCUGGAGCGGGUGGUGGAGGAUAUGGUGGUGGUAAUGGGAGUAAUGGAAAUGUGAUGACUUUGAAGCCAUCGAAUUGGAAAACGAGGAUUUGUAAUAAGUGGGAGCAAACGGGGUAUUGUCCGUUUGGAACCAAGUGCCAUUUUGCGCAUGGAGCUGCAGAACUGCAUCAAUACGGUGGAGGACCGUUGGAUUCGGAGGUGAACGAUUCGACCACUCCCGACGCCAAGCAAUGGUCAACACCUGCUAAAACUUCAGUUGACUCGGUUCUUGCAUCAAUCAAUUCGGAUAGUUAUCAUAUUAAUGUUCCAUCACAAAGGUUGUCUAGUGUGACACACAAGACUGGACUUAGAGCUGGACGGAAAUGGAAAGGACCCGACAAAAUUAGUAAGAUAUACGGUGAUUGGAUCGACGAUCUCGACUAGACAAUUUAUCUCGUGUUCGAAUAAGUAGCAUGUGCUUUGGACCUUUUUGCCCCCCUUUAUGUUGUAUUGUAAUAGAGUGUGUUGCCUUGUAAAAUACCAACCCCUUUUUUUCUUAUGCAAGUUUUGGUUUUCUUGGUCAAGAUUAUUUGGUCAACUUUAUAUGAUGUUGACAUAUCGAAAUUUCAACUUAU